AUGACACCCGCAGCAUCCUUAUCAUCCAUUUCAAUCACUUGUCUCCUAGCAUUUGAUCGCUAUGUCAGCUCAUCGAGGUCUGUAUAUGUGCGCAGUUUCUCAAAUAUGAAAGUGGCCCGUUAUUCAACUUUGAUUCUAUGUUUACUUUGGUCAUUUGUUAAUAUACCAUCGUUGAUUUAUUAUGAUGUGAUACGUAGUGCUAAUGGUAUAUUAGCAUGUACAAUUGUUUCAAGUCCUUGGAAAGAGUAUACAUUCUAUUUUCAGGUACCGAUCCUUUAUGGCAUUGUGCCCAUCACCCUACUGUCUGCAUUAGGAACUCUAACAACACGAAAUGUUUAUAUAAUUAAACAAAAUCAACGAAGGCGAUCUCAGCGAACAUAUGUGGAUGAACAAACGACAAAGAUGAUUUUAAUGCAAAUAAUUGUUUUUAUUUUAUGUAAGAUUCCGUACUGUGUGCAAACUGCAUACACACUAUUUACAGCACAACUGGCAAAAGAUCCGUUACGUACUGCCGAAGAUUCUCUGUUUGUACUAAUAACACGUUACAUUUUCACUAUUGAUUUUUGUUCUCCAUUCUAUAUUUUUAUUUUAUCAUCUAAACCCUUCCGCGAACGGUUUAUCGUUAUGAUUAGAAAACUGUGUUGUUCCGAUUACAGCGCAAAUCGAGUUGGAAUACUAUCUGCGAAUGUUGAACGACGACCGAAACAAAAUGCUGUUGUUAUUCAAACAUAA